AUGGACAAAGAACACGAAGUUUUGCUCAAUGCGUUUGUGAUAGCCAAGAAACGGUAUCGUGUGUUCUAUAACGCAGGGAUCUUAGUGUGGGAAGAUGAAUCUUCCAAGAAAGCCAAAACCACCGUACCGAUAACGGAUGUACUUUCGGUCGCAAUAUCUAAACUCCCCCACGCUAAUGGCAAACAAUGGAUGAAACGUAGCAAAGCACCAUCAGCGGCGGGACCAAUAGCACGAAACGAAGCCCACGGCAGCCUAGACAGCGAUCGAAUUCCAGUGCUCUCCGGUUCGACCACGACCAACACGCUUGCGACGAACGCCAGUAACAACAUUCCGCACAAUCACAGCAAUCGAGGCAGUUUGAAUGAACUAUCCGACUCUAAUGAUGAUCGCGUCUACUUUGAUACUGGGAUACAAACGGGAAAUUUCAACUACUUAAUUGUUCACUAUGCAGCACUUGUUUGUUUAAAAACCCAUCGAUGGCGGGUGAAAUCCGUUGCCCUGCACAACAGCGAGCAUCGUAUCGUGGAACUGUGGUACAAUCGUCUAUUGAGCGAUCUUAAAGAUCAAAACCGGCCCAAAAAUUUGCUUCUGUUUCUCAACCCUUACGGUGGCAAGAAGAAUGCGUUGGCUCUGUACGAACGAUUCGCAAAGCCGCUGUUCGGUUUGGCAGAGGUUGACAUUAAUUUAAUUAUAACGCAACGCGCGCAACAGAUCUAUGACAUCGUCACCUCCAAGAGUAUUGCGUUGGACAACUAUGAUGGUCUGGUUUGCUGCGGCGGUGAUGGCACGUUUGCCGAAUUGUUCAAUGGAUUGGUCACGCGUACGAUGAUAGAUCGCGGUAUCGAUGUAAAACAUCCACCGUUCCUACCGAAACCUAACAUUCCGAUCGGCAUCAUUCCGGCUGGCAGUACUGAUACGGUAGCAUGCUGUUUGAACGGUACCACCGACAUCAAGACUUCGAUUAUACACAUAAUACUGGGGCAGCACAGUGGCCUUGACAUAUCCGCCGUAUACGAUGCGGAUUCUGUUGCGCGGGCUGAUGGGGAAUCUCCGUUCUCGACGAGUAAACCGCGACCUCAGCUGCUGAAACUAUUCGCAAGUGCACUGUCGUACGGUUAUUUGGGAGACAUUGCAUACGAUAGUGAAAAGUAUCGUUGGAUGGGACCAAAGAGAUACGAUUAUUCGGGAUUUAAGAAAUUUCUUGCCAAUCGAGGAUACAAUGCAGAAAUUGUAGUACAUCUUGAUCAGCGCGGAAAACAAGACCCCAACGACGGUAUCCGCUGUUUGGAUAAGUGUAAUCGUUGUAAAAAGGCUCUUUAUGGUCAUGGUGGUGAAGAUGGUGGUACCAGCGUUGAGAAUAGCGACACGGAGCCUUUAAUCGUGCGUGGCAAGUUUCUUAUGGUGAGCGGUGCUAACAUUUCUUGCUCUUGUGAACGAAGUCCACAGGGAUUUUCGCCUUACUGCCAUCUGGGCGAUGGAUUGCUGGAUUUGGUGCUUGUACGUCAUACAUCAAUGUUUAACAACUUGCGACUACUGCUGACAAUGACAUCGAAAACGAAGAAAAUUAGUGAAUUGCCGUUUGUGGAAAUUUAUCGUACGAAAGAGUUUCGGUUCACUGCGAACCGUCAGCCAGAGCUUAAUGGUGGUGGUGAGGUUGCACCUGCAAUAUCUUCCGAUACGAUGCGGCGCUCUAAGUGGAACUGUGAUGGAGAAGUGUUGCUGAAUACGAAUAUAGUUGUCGAGUCCAACUGCCAAUUGAUACAAGUUUUUAGACGAGGAAUCUUACCUAGUACCGGUCACGGUGCAUCGGAACAACGGGCAACAUCGAAUGCAUUGGAUGUGGACGAUAAAGAAUCCUGCUGUUUUGGCCUGUGCAACUAA